GGCACCCCGGCCUGCCUGGUCCUCGGUGAAGCUGACAUUGCCAAGCAGCUCUCUGCAAUGGCCUCAGGGAGCCAGGGUGACCCCCCCAGGGCACAGGGACGCCAGGGCAGUGCCAGGCACCGGCGGGCACAGGAGCUCAACUCAGAGACCCAGGUGGUGGAGGAGACGGAGGAGGUGUUCCGGAGCUACGCCUUCUACCGCUACCGGCAGGAGAGGGAGGAGGGAGGGGAGGAGGUGCCCCUGGACCCCGAGAUCGAGGAGUUCCAGCAGGAGGAGGUCUACAGCACGGGCAGCCAGGUGGGGAGGCGCUUGGCCAUCAUCGGGGACGACAUCAACGAGCGCUACGACGAAGAGUUCCGCUGCAUGCUCAAGUCCCUGCAGCCCACCAGGGACAAUGCCUACGAGUACUUCACCAGGAUAGCCUCCAGCCUGUUCGAGAGCGGCAUCAACUGGGGCCGCGUGGUGGCGCUGCUGGGCUUCGGGUACCGCAUGGCGCUGCACGUCUACCAGCAGGGCAUCCCCGGCUUCCUGCGCCGCAUCGCCAGAUUCGUGGCCGAGUUCAUGCUGCACAACCACAUCGCCCGCUGGAUCGCGCAGCAGGGAGGAUGGGUGGCUGCACUCAAGCUGGACAACGUUUAUGUGAACUACAUGCUGGUGGUGGUGGCCCUGGUGCUGGUGGGGCACCUGGUGGUACGACGCUUCCUCAGGCCCUGACGGAGGGGUGGGCAGAGGCUGGGGGGUCUGGCCGAGCUCCCAGAUCUCUGCUCUGCAUGGACACCUCCCAAGAGAGAGGAGACUCCAGGAACCUCUGAGGGACAGAGCACAGCUUGGCCCUGUGACCCUCCCACCACACGGCCCAGAGUCUGCCACCCACACUGACACCGCCAGGAGCUAUGGAGGGCAGCGGGGGGGAAGGUUCACCUCGGGCUGUUCCCUGCCUUAGCUGCUGGGGCAGCAGGGCUCUGACACCCCCAGCACCAAGCCACAGCAGCUCCUCUGCAGCCAAACCUCUGAAGGAACAAACUUCUGGGGAUAAUGUGUGUGGGGAGGUCCUGUCCACACCCUGGGGAGGAGCAGAGCUCCCCACUUGCUGGUGGCUCUGGCCCAGACCCUGACCACAGCUGAGGAGGGAUUGCAGCCCUGGCUCCUGCAGCUGUGGUCUGGAGGGGCCAGCACCAGCCCGUGUGGGGCUGGCAUUCACCUCCCUCUGUUCUGAGCUUAAGUACUUGAGCCUCCUCCUUGCUUUGAAGAAGAGUCCUGACCCUGUUGUAAAGAAACCCUCUGACAGCCCCUGCCCUCUGACACCC